AUGUCUUACACGAUGAUAGAGUCGGAAAUCGCCCCCAAGUUCGCGCCCUUCGUGGGCAUGGCUGGAAUCGCCGCCGCGAUGACUUUUGGCACCAUCGGCGCGGCCUACGGAACAGCGAAGGCCGGAAUCGGUAUCGUCGGUGUUGGCACAUUCAGGCCUGAUCUUAUCAUGAAGUGUCUCGUCCCCGUCGUUAUGGCCGGUAUCAUCGCCGUCUACGCCCUGGUCGUAGCAGUUCUCAUCUCUCAAGAUCUCGGCUCCCCGACCGACGGAAACUACAGCCUUUUCACCGGUUUUAUGCACCUAUCCGCUGGCUUGUCUGUCGGUCUGACGGGUCUCGCAGCUGGUUACACCAUUGGCAAGGUCGGCGACAGGGGCGUCCGAGCCUACAUGGAAGAGCCCAGGGUUUUCGUGGGCAUGGUCUUGAUCCUUAUCUUCGGCGAAGUUUUGGGGUUGUAUGGUCUGAUUGUGGCCCUCAUUCUCAACACCAAGAGCAGGGGUUAA